AUGCAUGAGAUUGUCACCUUACAGCUGGGUCAGCGUGCCAACUACCUAGCGACACAUUUCUGGAAUCUUCAGGAAUCAUAUUUCACUUACAAUGAGAGCGAGGAGUCUCCUAUUGACCAUGAUGUUCAUUUUCGACCAGGUGUGGGGGCUGAUGGCUCAGAAACUUACACUCCUCGAACCGUCAUCUAUGAUCUAAAAGGCGGGUUUGGAACCCUACGAAAGUACAAUGCCCUUUACGAAAUGUCCGAGGGCGCGGCUAGCGGGCAGGGUCUUUGGGAUGGACAAGAGAUAGUACGAAAGCAAGCUCCGAUUCUGCCCAGUGAAUAUCAGAAAAGCUUAGAGCUGGGCACUCCCGCGCCUCGGUUGACAUCGGAGACUGUUCGCUAUUGGUCCGACUACAACAGAGUCUUUUACCAUCCGCGAUCCAUUGUCCAGCUGAAUGAGUAUGAGUUGAAUUCCCAGAUCAUGCCUUUCGAGGACUGGAAUGCUGGUGAGGAGCUCUUCAACGACCUUGACAAGGAGCAUGAUCUCCUUGAUCGAGAUGUCAGACCAUUUGCUGAGGAGUGUGAUCAAAUGCGAGCGUUGCAGCUAUUCUCAGGAGCCGAUGAUGCUUGGGGUGGGUUUGCAGCGCGGUAUAUCGACCGCUUACGGGAUGAGUAUGGCAAGAAGAGCGUGUGGGUUUGGGCCAUCGAGGAUGGUGCCAGAGUUCAACGGCAUCAUCAACUGAAAAAGGAUGUCAACAAAGCCAAAUCGCUGUUCUCGAUUUCACCACAGUCCAGUAUUUAUGUACCAAUCGUUGACAUUCCCUCGAAACUUCCAAGCUACAUCGAUGUAGAUCGUCAUUCGCGAUGGCAGACCACCGCCCUGAUUAGCUCCGCUCUUGAGACCGUGACCUUGCCGUCCCGUCUACGACCGUAUCACGACUUCGAAGCCUCUCUAGCCGGUGAUGACGGAAGGCACACGAUCUAUGAGCUGCAGUGUUCCAUCAACCCACAGGAUGUUGAUAAUAAAUCAUCAAAAGACGAGGAAGGGCGACCCAAGGCCCAAUCUGAGUUUGACAUUGACUUUACAUAUGGGGAUUGCGAUGACAAGGAUGCGCAUAUUUUCAACCAAGUCCAGGUAACUCGCGGACAUGAGCGUGGAAAGCCCACUGAAACACAAGAAGACCUUGGCCAUGUUCGCAAACUUCGAUUGUACAAUUCCGAAGCAAUGCUUCAGAGCUACCAUACUCCACUUCGCAUGCCUAUUCUUGAUAAUUUCCCGCACAAUCUCUACCCAGCGUCCCAGUCCAGUGACGGUCUCAGUGUCUUUGCCGCAUUGACCUCUUCGAUCCGCACAGCUCAAAGAAUCAAGUCUAUUGAGGCCACUACCGCCCGCAUGCUAUCAGUCGACGAGCGGGAGAACAUGAUGAAUGGUUUAGGCGAGAUCAGGGAAAACUACGAGACAGGAUGGAACAGUGAAUCCGAUGACGAUUCUGACUAG